UUUAGUGAGGUAUAUUGUAUCUUUCCAAACUUGAAAAAAAAACGUUAUAAUCAAUGUCAUAAAAAUUCCACAUUAAAUGUUUUUAUAUUACGUUAUGAAAAGAAUGAAAAGGUAAGAGAAAAACAUGAAUCAACGAAUGGUAAUGGGAACAACAUCUUCACCCGCUUCAUUCGGAUCUAUUUUCACCUUUCUAUCUUCCCAACUCAAUUAAAAAAAAAUCAUUUAUUUCAUUUUUCAUUUUUCAGUCAAUUAAUUUAAAUAUCAAGAUAACAACAACAUCAUCGUACCCAGAAACACAUUUUCCAACAUCAUUGUAUCCGGAAACAAAUUUUCCGACAUCAUCGUACCCAGAAACAAUGUCUGGUUCAUGUUGAAAUAAAAAAACACUUUUUUCCUUCCAUUUCUGAACCUCUGAACCGGGUUUUUUAUUCUGUCAAUGGGCAAUGUCACGGGACCGGUGGCUGCGAAAUUCGCGUUUUUCCCGCCGGAGCCACCGACGUACGAAGUUAACAAGACCAACGACGGUGUGAUGGUGUUUUCUGGCUCCAAUGAUAAAAGCGUCGACGUUCAUGUUCUAGAUACGAAAGUUGGUAACAAGAUUGUUGCGACGUUCUGGAAACACCCUUUUGCGAGGUUUACUUUGUUGUACUCUCAUGGUAAUGCUGCUGAUUUGGGUCAGAUGGUUGAUCUCUUCAUUGAGCUUAGAGCUCAUCUUCGUGUCAAUAUCAUGAGCUAUGACUAUUCUGGAUAUGGACGUUCUACAGGUAAGCCGUCUGAGUUCAACACGUAUUAUGACAUCGAGGCUGUAUUUGAAUUGUUGAAGAGUGGAUAUGGAUUUAAACAAGAAGAUUUGAUUUUGUAUGGUCAAUCGGUUGGAAGUGGACCGACGCUACAUUUGGCUUCCAAGUUACCGAAAUUGAGAGGUGUUGUACUUCACAGUGCUAUUCUUUCAGGAUUAAGGGUCUUGUAUCCUGUCAAGGUCACAUUUUGGUUUGACAUAUUCAAAAAUAUAGACAAAAUUCGGUCGGUAAUCUGUCCGGUGUUUGUUAUACAUGGAACAGAAGAUGAAAUUGUUGAUUGUUCUCAUGGAAAGCGAUUGUGGGAGCUGUCGAAGCAAAAAUACGAUCCCUUGUGGGUUAAAGGUGGAGGCCAUUGCAACCUUGAAACUUUCCCGGAGUACAUAAAGUACUUGCGCAGGUUUAUUAACGCGAUGGAGAAAAUCUCAAUGACUUGCCAGUCAAGCAAACAAGUGACUCAAAGUCCUAGUAUUACUGAAUCGAAACAUAACAAAUGCUUAGGAUUUGUUAAAAGAUAGGUUAAUGUUGGGAAGGUUUUCAGAAUGAGUGUUUAUAUUUAUUCAAGUUUAAGGUCAAGUUGAAUAGUGUUAGGUUUGCAGAAAAAUGGAUGGUGGUUUUGAUCCAAAUCCUGUUGAGAUAGUGAUAGCUUUAUUUAGGUGUAGAAGUGGUGAGUGGUGUUUUGUUAUGGUAAAGUUGUUUUUGCUUCUGUAUAGAUGUAAAUUGGGUAAGCUAAAAGAAAUCUUGUAUGUUUGGUUUAACCUUUCAAGCAUUUAGAAUUGGGUUUUA